AUGGCCUCUGCUGUGGUCGUGGCCAGUCCGCCUCCCUUUACCCUCGACGCUGGUACCGCCAUCUCCCUCGCCAUCGCCUUCUCAUUGAUGCCAUCGGCGCAGUUGCUGGCUGCUUAUGCUUUGCCCAAGUCCACACCUCGAAAGCUUUAUUAUGUCUUCCUGUGGCAUGCCUAUGAUUUCCUCACCCACUUCAUCAUUGAGGGCAGCUUCCUGUACCACUGCUUCUUCUCCUUUCAGCAACUCCCGCCACAAUCCGCCGAUAUCUCACAUCCAGCAUCUUGGGGUGGUGAGCCGCAAGCCUACCUGUACAACCGCCCUGACCGCCGUUAUGGUGCACUAUACUCGCAAGGCCCAAUGGCCAGACUGUGGCAAGAAUAUGCAAAAGCUGAUCGAAGAUGGGGAGGUGCAGACUUGAACGUUAUAUCGCUUGAGAUGCUCACUGUUGGUCUGGCUGGCCCAGCUGCCGUGUACGUCUGUUAUCUUGUCUCCAAGAUUGCGAACACCACAGAUGAAAGUGUCAAAAGUCGAUAUCAACCCCGGCUCUGGCUUACCGCGAUCAUGCUCGCGACUGGAGAGCUGUAUGGAGGGUUCAUGACGUUUGCGCCUGAGUGGCUGAGCGGCAACAAUGCGUUAGCCGGCGAUGACCCCGUCUAUCUCUGGCUAUACCUGGUAUUCUUCAACGUGUUGUGGGUCUUUACACCUUCGUGGAUUCUGUAUGAAGCCUACCAGGAGAUUUCGGGAGCCUUUGCGAACAAAACUGUAUCCGCCAGGAAGAUGAAGUGA